AAAGGAAAUUUUCGAAAAACAAAUCAAAAAAAGAUCAAUGAAUUAACUGCUAACAGGUUUUUCAUUCCUUUUGUUUUGAAUCAUAGUCGGCAUAACAAUUCUAACCGUGGAAUGAUGUGAUAGAUUGAUUGAAAGCUGAGUUGCAUCCAGGAUUUUCUUUACGAAUACGGUGCCCACGGAAAUGGAAUUUCUAAUAUUUCUGGGCGUGGUGAUUAUCAUCUACGCUGUACUAUUAUUCUUUGACAAUUUUUUUAAGAGUUGCAUGCAUUACCCUUACGAAGCCUUUCUGAAAAAUACUGGAUUGUCGGUAAAAUUCUUUCGAAUUCAAUGGCACACAACAGCUCUCAAUAGGUCUAUUGUUAAAUGGAGUACGGCCUAUCCUAAACUCCUGGACCUCAAUUUCAGUCUAGGUGUGUACAUGUCCUUGUUGCUGAUGCCUUUGGCAUCUUGCUUGAUUAUUAUCUCGGCAUUCCACACCAAGGACAUGGGUAAGAGUAACUCAGAUGUAACUAGCAGCGGUUCAAGUGUUUCAUGGACUGGUUACCGAGAAACAGUCUCACUUGACCUGUUGAUUCCAGGGAUAAAUCUACCGAUCAACGAAAUUGGCUACUACAUAUCGGCCUUGGCGAUAAAUAGUAUUAUUCAUGAAUUAGGUCAUGGGCUGGCAGCGGUCCUGGAAGAUGUUCCGAUCAAAGGUUUCGGACUACAUGUAAUGUUGAUACUUCCAAUGGCGUACACUCAAUUGGAUCCCGAUCAACUAAAUGCACUAAAAAUGUGGAAACGACUAAAAGUACUCUCUGCUGGAAUUUGGCACAACUUAUUAUUGGCCUCCAUUUCCUAUUUGCUGUUUAUAACAACUCCGGUUAUGUUGUCAACUAUCUACAAAGUAAAUGAAUCUGUGUUAGUGACUGAUAUCAAGAACAAUUCACCAUUGCUGGGAACUAAAGGAUUGGAAAAGGGUGAUAUUAUAACAUCUAUCAACGAUUGUGAUAUCCACAAUGAUAUAUCAUGGUAUAGCUGUUUGCUGGAUUCGCUACAAUCACAACCAUCCUACUGUAUUUCACCUGAUUUUGUUCACUUAAACGAUGAAUCGGUUCCCAUUUCUCACAGAAACGACGGGUUAAUCGAGUGUUGUAAUUCGGAAAAUAAGGCGUCAAACUGCUUCGAGUACAUGGUCGAUGUUAAUGAGGAAGAUGUGGCCCUGCCGCAGCACAUGUGUCUCAACAUUAGAAAAAUGAUCGAAAAUUCCUUCGGUUACUGCCAGCACAAGCCGUCCUGCUCCGAAGGCCACUGCUUUAAGCCGAUGAUCAACAACUUCACCACCAUCAUGCACAUUCGAAGAGACGGCAAAGCGGAUGUAAUUUAUAUAGGACAUCCGGCAGAUCUUACAAGAACGAUUCAAAUCACACAGUUCGUUCCAAAGACUUCCUUUUUUCGACCCGGAUUCGCGGACUCCAUACAGUUGUUAUUGAAAUAUGUAACUGUUUUUGCUCUGGGACUGGCGAUCAUCAACGUGAUUCCAUGCUUCGGAUUCGAUGGACAGCAUAUUGUGAGUACAGUGCUCUCCAGUAGCAUCGUCGUCAAUCGGGUGCCACAGAAAAGCAAACGAGAUAUGGUAGCGUUAUGUAUAAACAUCAUUGGAACGUUAUUCGUUUUUAUACUGCUGACGAAAGUGUUCUGGCAAAUGAUUUUCAAGGCUAUGUGGGACUAACGUGAUUCACUUUCUCUCUGUGAGUAGAAUAGUACAACGUACAGUAAACAUUGGAACGUGGGAGUUGCGAAACCGUAGUAAAUAUGGAAAACACAAUCUACAGUCAAUAGAGUCUAAGGUGACAAAUCUGAAGUAAAAUGACGGAUGGAUAUAUCCUGAGCAUCAUUGAUAGUGGUAGUUCAUGUACUGACUUAGGACGUAGCUAAUUACAAUUCCAUGUUUUAAAAGAAA